AGAGGGAAAACCCUAACGGGGGGUUUCUUGGGAAAGAAGCAACCAUUGUUUAUGAAGGAUUCCAAGGCGUUUAUUGAUCUUUAAUAACAAGAAGAAAAGAAGAAAGAGAGAUCAAAGGUUGCUUGAGAAAGGGUUCAUCGUAAGGGAGUUAGAGAAGAUGAAUUGCUUUUCAUGCUUUUAUUUCCAUGAAAAGAAAAAAACUCCCAAAGAUUCAGAUAACAGCCGCCGGAGAAAUGGCGAGUUGACUGGUAGAGACAACAACAAAACACACCCUGAGAUUCCAGACAAGACUGGAAAUGAGCAGAACAAGAACAAUGAUGCAGAAAAAGAAAUGACCAACAACAUUGCUGCUCAGACAUUCACCUUCAGGGAGCUAGCUACUGCCACCAAGAAUUUCAGACAAGAAUGUUUGAUCGGUGAAGGCGGCUUUGGUAGGGUUUACAAGGGCAAACUCGAAAAAUGUGGCAAGAUUGUGGCUGUGAAACAAUUAGAUAGAAAUGGUCUACAAGGAAACAAAGAGUUCAUCGUAGAAGUGUUGAUGUUAAGUCUUUUGCAUCACAAGCAUCUCGUGAAUCUCAUUGGUUAUUGUGCUGAUGGAGAUCAAAGACUUCUUGUCUAUGAGUACAUGUCUCGUGGUUCACUUGAAGAUCAUCUCCUCGACCUAACACCUGACCAAGUACCGUUGGAUUGGGACACAAGGAUCAGAAUCGCGCUAGGAGCCGCGAUGGGUCUUGAAUACUUGCAUGACAAGGCAGAUCCUCCGGUGAUCUAUAGAGAUCUCAAAGCAGCUAAUAUCCUUUUGGACAGUGACUUCAACGCCAAGUUAUCAGAUUUUGGGCUAGCGAAGCUAGGUCCUGUCGGAGACAAACAACAUGUGUCUUCAAGAGUUAUGGGAACUUACGGGUACUGUGCUCCAGAGUAUCAGAGAACCGGUCAGUUAACCAUUAAAUCAGAUGUUUACAGCUUCGGAGUUGUGUUGUUGGAACUGAUAACUGGACGAAGAGUUAUUGAUACGACCAGACCCAAAGAUGAACAGAACCUGGUGACUUGGGCACAACCGGUUUUCAAAGAACUGAGUAGAUUCCCAGAGUUAGCGGAUCCAAGUCUUGAAGGAGUGUUCCCGGAGAAAGCACUUAACCAGGCAGUGGCUGUCGCUGCAAUGUGUUUACAGGAAGAGGACACGGUACGGCCACUCAUGAGCGACGUUGUGACCGCUCUCGGUUUCUUGGGAACUGCUCCUGAUGGCUCUAUCUCUGUUCCACGAUACGACGACGUUUCCCCUCCUCAGCCGCCGGGUGAAACAUCCCGUGAGGAUCCUGCGGCAGCUGAGGAACGGGAGAGAGCCGUGGCGGAGGCAAUGGAGUGGGGAGUAGCUUCAAGGGCGCAUUCUCGGAACCCAAGUGCAGCACAGUCCCUAAAUCCAAGUGUUGCACACUCCCGGAACCCAAGUGCAGCACAUUCCAGGAACCCGAGUGCUUCUUGA